CAGCUUAGCCAAGGUAGAGUGUAAAGACUACAGUAUUAUACCAAUAAACAUUAUUUAACCUCAAACUUCACAAUGGAUAACGAACUAAACAAACCUUCCAAGGGGAACAAAGACACAGUAGAUAAACCAAAUAGUACAGAAAAUGAGAUUGAAUACAAACCAUGUUUCACAUGCAAUGGGUUUUAUGGGCCCAGCUAUGAAGAUCCAAUUUGCCCAGUAUGUCACAGCUUCCUGUUAAGAAAUCCCCCAUUGCACAACCACUAUCAAACUUGUCUGUCAGAUGACAAAGAUGAUGAGGAUUCAGGCAAUGAUGAGCCUGAUGAGGAUAUUGAUAGAUCGACAGGACUUGAGCCUGCUGGUAAUGAACCAAUUGUGAAUGUGGCGAGAACCAGUGACAAUGAUUUAAGUGGGGUUACUCAUAUUGAGCAAUUCCCACCAGAAGUAAUGAUCCUUACGUUUUCCUUUCUUGACGAUUUGUCUUUGUGGGCUGCUGCUAAGGUCAAUCGAAGAUGGAGGGAAAUCAUUAUGAGGAAAGUUACUUGUGGAAGGUACUGGGAAAAAAUUGUUGAGCAGAGAUGGCCCUUGCUUCAGAUGGGUGGAACUAAUUGUGACUGGUUCCAGGUAUACUCUUCCCUGGUGAGGAGUAGUUGUUGCCUGAAAUGCCUCAGGCACUUAGCUUUUUGGGUAUUACCAGUAGAAGAGGAAUCAUAUUGGAGACAUAACAGGCUGUGCAGGGAAUUGAAGGCUUUGGAAAUAGAUCCACCGGACGGUAUCAAAGCGAUUCCUUUGGAUCCGAUGUACUGCCAUUGGAUGGCGUCAAUAAAGGGCCCAGAAGGAAGUCCGUAUGAAGGAGGGAUUUUCUUCCUGUACAUUAUAAUACCAUAUGCCUAUCCUAUGACGCCACCAAUUGUGCGAUUCAUAACAAAAAUUUUUCAUCCUAACAUAUCUAGGCACGGCGAUAUCGGAAUCGAUAGUAUUUUGAACAAUUGGUCUUUAGCCUUAACCAUUUGUAAGGUGUUGAUAUCAAUACAAUCGCUAUUGACAGAUCCAGUAUGUGAGAUCUGCAUGGAACCUGUGAUAGGUCAUCUAUACCUUACUAACCGAGCCAAAUACGAUGACAUGGCUAGAGAUUGGACGUGGAAUUACGCUAUGACUCAACUUCUUCCGCACUAAAUCUUCCCUUAUUUGUAUUAAGAUUGGAACUGAAUCUAUUUAGUCACUGUGUUUUUUACAUUAAUUGACAAUUUUCAAUUGAUACAACUUCCAUAAUAUAAUUUAUAUUAUU